AAUUGUUUGUGCAUAUCAUAGAAGUGGUUUUUAAAAAACUAAUGACAUUUUUAAGUUUUAAUUAAUACACUUGUCUUUCUACAAAAUUAUAAGUGGGCAAAUUUUUGCAGAUCAAAACAACAAAAAGUCAAAAGCCCUAAAGUACGGAAAAUUUGCUCCGCCUUUGAGAUGACCAACAGAAGCAGAUUGAUUCUGGUGGUGCUUCUCUGGGUUGCGGUUCUAUUUGGAAUUCUUGUUUUCAUUCUGAAUCGGUUAACGGAUGCAGGAUUUUCGUCUGACAAAAAAUUGAUUUCAGAUAGCAGGCUCAACCACGAGGUGAUUCCCUCGAAGGAUACAGAAGUGACUCACAAAGUUUACUUUGACAUUGAAAUUGAUGGAAAACCCAUUGGGCGUAUUGUCAUGGGCCUAUACGGGGAAACAGUACCAAAGACAGCAGAAAAUUUUCGGGCUCUUUGCACAGGGGAAAAAGGAGCUGGAACAAGUGGGAAGCCUCUUCACUAUAAAGGGAGCACAUUCCACAGGAUCAUUCCAAGCUUUAUGAUCCAGGGAGGUGACUUUACGCGUGGAGAUGGAAGAGGUGGUGAAUCAAUUUUUGGUGGUAGUUUUGCUGACGAGAACUUCAAACUAAAGCACACUGGUCCUGGAUUUCUCUCGAUGGCAAAUUCUGGACCAGAUACCAAUGGAUCUCAAUUCUUCAUCACAGUAGUAAAAACGAGCUGGUUGGACGGUCAUCACGUUGUCUUUGGCGAAGUGCUUUCAGGAAUGGAUGUUGUGUACAAAAUUGAAGCCCAAGGCAGACAAGAUGGAAUACCCAAAAGCCAAGUAAUCAUUUCUGACAGCGGUGAAUUGCCGUUAUAAUCCUCGUGUAUUUUUGUACUCUUAACUUGAUUGGUGAUGGUUUUUUCCAGCUGCUAGCAAGAAAUUUUACUUGUAGAUAUAACAUGUCCAGAUUUUAAUUUAACUUUACCCCCAGAGAGUGUUUAAAACAACAUCAUAGUUCAUGCAAAUCAGAUGGAUACUGCAUUGUGCUUACAUCUGUAAUAUGAGUUUUGUGCAUGUAAAUCUUCUCCUGGUAAUGAAAGCGUGCAAGAACAUUUUAUGUCCAA